UCGGAGUCCCAGCGCCACCUGCACUCGGCCGCCGCCGCGGUCGCCUCCUUCAGAGCGCAUCCUCGCGUCCGCAGAGCAGCCGCCUGAGCAGGUGCCACAAUGCACGUGAAGAAGUACCUGCUGAAGGGCCUGCACCGGCUGCAGAAGGGCCCCGGCUACACCUACAAGGAGCUGCUGGUGUGGUACUGUGACAACACCAACACCCACGGCCCCAAGCGCAUCAUCUGCGAGGGGCCCAAGAAGAAGGCCAUGUGGUUCGUGCUGACCCUGCUCUUCACCGGCCUCGUCUGCUGGCAGUGGGGCCUCUUCAUCCAGACCUACCUGAACUGGGAAGUCAGCGUCUCCCUGUCCUUAGGCUUCAAGACCAUGGACUUCCCCGCCGUCACCAUCUGCAACUCCAGCCCCUUCCAGUAUUCCAAAGUUAGGCCUUUGCUGAAGGACCUGGACGAGCUGAUGGAAGCAGUCCUGGAGAGGAUCGUGGCUUCUGAGACAAGCCAUUCCAACACCAGCAGGGUCCUGAACCUCACCAUCUGGAAUCACACACCUCUGGUCUUUAUUGACGAGCGGAAUCCCCGUCACCCAGUGGUCUUCGAUCUCCUUGAAAAUAACCACAACAGCUCAGCAAGCAGCCCAGCACCCUGUAAUGACCAGGGCUGCAAAGUGGCCAUGAGGCUGUGCAGCGCCAACGGGACCGUGUGCACCUUCCGGAACUUCACCAGCGCCACCCAGGCCGUGACUGAGUGGUACAUCCUGCAGGCCACCAACAUCUUUGCGCAGGUGCCUCUCCAGGAGCUGAAGAAGAUGAGCUACUCCGGAGAGCAGCUGAUCCUGGCCUGCCUGUUCGGGGCUGAGCCCUGCAGCUACAGGAACUUCACAUCCAUCUUCUACCCUGACUACGGCAACUGUUACAUCUUCAACUGGGGCAUGACGGAGAAGGCACUCCCUUCGGCAAACCCCGGAACCGAAUUCGGCCUGAAGCUGAUCCUGGACAUAGGCCAGGAGGACUACGUCCCCUUCCUCACCCCCACGGCCGGGGCCCGGCUGAUGCUUCACGAGCAGAGGUCUUACCCCUUCAUCAAGGAGGAGGGCAUCUACGCCAUGGCAGGGGCAGAGACGUCCAUCGGCGUGCUGGUGGACAAGCUGCAGCGCAAGGGCGAACCCUACAGCCAGUGCACGGUGAAUGGCUCUGAUGUCCCCGUCAAAAACUUCUACAGUGCCUACAACACGACCUACUCCAUUCAGGCCUGUCUUCACUCCUGCUUCCAAGACCACAUGAUCCGUAACUGCAGCUGUGGCCACUACCUGUACCCACUGCCCCACGGGCAGAAAUACUGCAACAACCAGGACUUCCCAGACUGGGCCCAUUGCUACUCGGAUCUGCGGAGGAGCCUGGCCCAGAGAGAGGCCUGCAUCAACAUGUGCAAGCAGUCCUGCAAUGACACCCAGUACAAGAUGACCAUCUCCAUGGCCGACUGGCCUUCCGAGGCCUCCGAGGACUGGAUUUUCCACGUCUUGUCUCAGGAGCGAGACCAAAGCACCAAUAUCACCUUGAGCCGGAAAGGAGUUGUCAAGCUCAACAUCUACUUCCAAGAAUUCAACUACCGCACCAUUGAGGAGUCUGCGGCCAAUAACAUCGUCUGGCUGCUCUCAAACCUGGGAGGCCAGUUCGGCUUCUGGAUGGGGGGCUCAGUGCUGUGCCUCAUCGAAUUCGCGGAGAUCAUCAUCGAUUUCGUGUGGAUCACUAUCAUCAAGCUGGUGGCCUGUGCCAAGGGCCUGAGGCAGAAGCGAGUCCAGGCUGGCUACACGGGCCCGCCACCCACCGUGGCCGAGCUGGUGGAGGCCCACACCAACUUUGGCUUCCAGCCUGACACAGCUGACCAUACCCCCGACCCUGAGGCCUAUCCGGACGAGCAGAGCCUGCCCAUCCCGGGCACCCCGCCCCCCAACUAUGACUCCCUGCGCCUGCAGCCACUGGACGUCAUUGAGUCCGACAGUGAGGGUGACGUCAUCUAGACCUGCUGCUGUGCACACCGCAGUCCUGGGACUCGAAGCUGAGAACCCAAGAUCUUUGUCCAAGGCGUCCCUUUAUGGUGGCCUCUCCUAAGGAUCCAGAGCCCAGUGCCCGUGUCCCACCAGAGACACCCGCAGCAACCGGCUGGUCCCAGGCUGAGGGCUCCUCCGUAGGGUCACGGGGCUGGAACGAGAUGCAGGAACAGUGUUCUCAUCUGGUUCCCGCCCACGGCCACCUGUCCUGACCCUCGGUCUGGGAUAUCCCCAGUGAGGACUCAGAGACCUCCACCCUCUCCAGAUGGCGGGCCCCCUUCUCGACCAGUGCCAGUCACCAUCGGCCCAGAGAUGAACAGGGGGGCAUGCCAUGCUGUCUGUGCCCUCAGGCUCACAGCCUUUCACCCUCCCUCGGCUGACAGGCCUGGGAACGGGCCUUGUUCGGGCAGCAGUGGUGAGGGCCUGCCAGGUGGCACAGGCUUUGUUCUGGAAAAUAAACGUAGAAAACGCCGAGCGGAGCUCUGUCCUUUCUCAUCUGGGCAGCUGGAGGGUCCUGAUGCAUCUCCCAGCUCUGGCCCAGCUAGUCUGCCGGCUGGUGGGAGGGCGACGGCACUGCGAGGUUGAGGGGCAGUUCUCUCUUGUGAAUCUUUCAAGUUGUCCCUGAAGCAGCGACCUAGUGACGUUUCCAAUGUCACCCAACCCACUCUUUUGGGUUGCAAGAGGGGGCAAGAUAGAGAAAUUCCAAUUGGCCAGAGCAAAAGGGUCUCAGACAGCUCAAGAGGUGCUCCCCAGGGGCUCUCCCAGCAGCCUCGUCUACACUGCCAGCUCCCCAGCUGACACUUACUGCUUUGACUGGUCACAUGCUUGUCUUUGAGCCAAUCAGUAUGGCUAAUUGGAUAGGCCUGCCAGAUUGGUCAGGCCUGAAUUCACCUGUCCAGACCUGAAGCUAGUUGGCCCCAGCAGAACUGCAUGACGCCUAGGGUUGUGAGAUGAAAUCCAGUUAAAUUUUAAUUUCAGGUAGAUAAUGAAUUAAUUUUUUUUAAAUAGAGAUUUUUGGU